AUGUUCCAGAUUGGCCCUCCCAGAUCAGCCAGCGACUCUGAGCCAUCCAGCAGAGACCACUCGCCUAGCAAAGGAUCGGAAUGGUCCACAACAUCUGAACCUCUUACUAAAUCAUGGACGCCCAAGAAACGCGCAAAGGCCAUCUCGUCCAGUGAGGCAUCUUGGUCUGAUGACAGCGACACACCCGUCAAACCUCGUGCUCCCAGAAGAAAGGGAAACUUCUACGACUCGCCCGACAACGAAUCUCGCUCGGCUCUCGACGAAAGAUCUAUCUUGACUUUCGAUGAUCUGUCCAUCCUCUCGCCAUCCGAGUCUAGAUCAGGCUCUGGACCCGAAGAAGCUGCUGACCAGCGUCCCGAGAAUCCCGAACUUGGGUCUGAGAACGAGCUUGCUCUCGAAUUUGAGAAUCCUGAAGAGUGGGAAACCCAGCAUGACACCAGAGACAUCGAUCCGCUGAAGUUGGGCAAAAUUCCAGUGCGCCCUCUCCCUCUCAUUGACAUACACGCUUCCAUCGAAUCAACUCGUGAAGCUUGGGGUCUGCCUCCUUUGAGGAUGCGUUGCCUGUUCAGUGACCGUCGUCACCCACACCACAUCUACGAUUGGACCACCAAGAAGCUGAGCUGCUCCGACGAACACGAGCCCGACUGCCAGCUGUGUGGAGCCUCUUGCUGCUCAGUCAAGGCCUACACCAAAGCCAUCAACGAAGAACCUCGCCCAAACCCUGUCGUUCCCAUGAAGUAUCGCGCAGCCUUUCAGCGCGACAUUGACGAAAUCACCAUGAAGCACGAAGUCACCGAUCCUUUUGAGAGAAUGCUCAGAUGCGACAUCUGCUAUCGCAAUGUCUGCCCUGAUUGCGCUGGCCGCUGCAUGAAGCCCGCCUGUCUCCGUAUCAUCUGCAAGGAGUGUGGUGAUCCUGAUCCUUGGUAUCACUGCCAGUGCGAGCAGGUGAACGGUGUGGUCAAGAUCAGCUAUAUUUGA